GCUCUCUGCUGCCACGACAGCCGCUGUUGGUUUAGUUGUCGGCGCGAGCCCGGCCCGGUUCCUCUCGCGGCGCCACCGGUGCGGUCCGCUCAGCUCGGCUCAGCCCGGCGGGACGUCGCACAUACUGGACGCUUCAACUUCAACAAGGGUUAUAACGACUGCUUGCUGCCAGCGACGUGACCGAGGAUCUCCAGACGUCCGACCAGCGUCGGAUUUGGCAUCGGAUUGAUUUUUUCGCUGGGCCUAUGCCGCGCCGCGGGACUGCCGGCGCGCUGGCUCUGUGACCAUAGCUCGGCGCAGCUCGGUGUUGUUGUCAGAGACGGUCACGUGCUCGCCACCACCAUGCGCCUGGGACAGGUCGUGCCCAACUUCCUGGCGGACACAACGGCGGGACGGUUUCAGUUCUACGACUGGCUGGGCGACUCAUGGUGCUUGCUGGUCUCACACCCGGCGGACUUCACACCGGUCUGCACGUCUGAACUGAGUCGGCUGGCCGAGAGCCACAAUGAGUUCUGGAAGAGGGGCGUCAAGCUGCUGGCGCUCUCCUGCGACCGCCUGCGCUCGCACCACGCCUGGAUCGAGGACCUCAAGCGCUUCUGCCGCAACGCUCCGUCCGAGUUCCCGUACCCCAUCAUCUCGGACGAGAGCCGGGACCUGGCCGUCCUCCUGGACUUGAUCGACGAGGACCAGAAGGACAACCCCGAGAUGGCGAUGACGGUCCGCUCUGUGUACGUGAUCGGGCCUGACCGAAGAAUCAAGCUCACCAUGCAGUACCCCAACUCAACCGGCCGCAGCAUGGAUGAGAUGCUAAGAGUGAUCGACUCCCUUCAAUUGACCUCGAGAUUAAAAGUCGUGGCCACGCCAAGCGACUGGGAGCCCGGCAAGCAGGUGAUGGUGCUGCCGCACGUCAAGCAGGAGGACCUGCCGUCGCUGUUCCCGGGCGGCGUCGACACGAUCGAGUGCCCCUCCGGCCAGACCUACAUCCGCACGACCAGCGACAUCUGGCGCGAGCCGUGGCGGACGCGCGCGCCCCCGGGCAGGCCGAUGGCGGAGACGUUCCACCCGACCCUCGCCGCGCAGUCCAUGGACGAGUCCACCUCCCUCAACGAGGUCAUCAAGUUCAUCGACGACGUGGCCCGCCUACCCAACCUGCGGCAGAUGCCGCUCGGCGACCUCAUGGAGCUCACCUCGUCGCUAGUCACCGAGACGACGUACACGACCAGCACCAGCGAACGCCUCCAGGCCAUGACCAAAUUCCUUCGGUCGCUCACCCCCUAAAAAAAAAAGUUGUCUGGGUCGAACAAGGACUGUACAACGCAUCAAAACUAAUUUUAAAUCCCAAAUCAUAAGCAACGUUUUAAUAUCAAAAAUUAUGGCUUUUCUAUUAAUUCACGAAUAUAGCGACUCGCUUUCAUUAAACGUUCUCCGUAUUGUCGAUCAACUGAUGCGAUAGGUCAAGAGGAUGUCAGUGCAGAGAGGCAGAGCAAGACUGGAAGAAGUGUCCCCCACAGUGACAGGGUUACCACGGGGCGCCAGCCUGGACGAGCCGCUGCACUUGGGGUGGGGGCUGAGGGCGGGCCGCCGGCUCCACAUGGCUCCUUGGCGGGUUGGCCUACCCGGCGCGUUGCAGGCGCUAGCAUUGGCGCGCUUGCCUCGCCCCGGCACUAGAGCCCUGCAACGAGCGAGCACUGAGAGCAACGCGCUGCGAGUCGGGGCUGUGAGCAAAGUUGCUCAUAGGGCCACGCGCCGUGAGCAAAAGCCAGGUCGGCGGAGCGGGGCACUUAGAGGCAGGAGCUAGCUUUGCUCACGAGCUAUCUGCGAGCAAGGCUGCGCGCCUACUUCUGGCGCUGCCCGCGUCCGACGCAGCAUCCGAGCGUGCGUGUCGCACCGUCGCACCGCGCGCCGCCACUGCACGAGCUACCAGAGAGCAAAAUUUGCUCGCGUUGCUCGCGCCGGGUGGUAGCUCGUGAGCGAGCAAAGCGAGGGCGGCUGCGAGCAACGAGAGCUAUUAGGCGCGGUCGGCGACAGAGGCGAGCGCUUGCUCUCAGUGCUCGCUCGUUGCAGGGCUCUACCCGGCACCAACACGCCUCACAACAACGGUCAAUGCUCCCGGCCGGAGAAACGACAAAUCAACAGCGAGUGUCUCAUGAAAGUAAUGUACUGUUCUGGGGAAUGUAAAUUUUUUUAGGUUGUGAUAAACCAUUAAACAGAAAGCUGCAGCAAGAAAACUGAUCUCAAAGUUAAA